AUGGUUUUGCUGAUGAUAUCUAAUGGGGUGUCUUUCUUCCUUGGUGCCUUCUUGUCCCUGCAUGCCUUUGCCGGUCAUUGUCCUUCUCCUUCUUCACAAAGUGGUUCAAUGUCGCUGCAAAGCGGGGCCUUGCGAACUCUUCGAAAUAAUGAGGAAAGUGAGAAAUGCACCAACGAAUCUCUGUUUCCCGAGGGCGUCCAAAGAUUUGCAUCUGGAAUUUCCCAUGUGAAGAAAGAAGACUUUACCAAUACAUUCGAUCUUGGAGUUCCAAUUGACCAGCCCAAGAAGGGAGCCGAGGAUGUGCUCAUUCUCUACAACAAAAAAGGCGCCAUGCCCAAAAGGUUACAAUCGUCGUCCACACCCAUGGAACUUCUCAAAACAGAUGAGGCUGUCGAACAGUGUGAUUACAUGAAUGUGAUUCUCACCAAUUAUGACCCUGGAAGAGCACAAUGCACAGUGAUUGUCCCACAGUACGAAUCUUACCACAUCCAAAAAUACAUGAGAGUCCCACAAACUGGUCACAGAGAACUGAAUAGCAAAUAUCCUCUGGAGCCCGUUUCCAGAGGACAUCAAUCCAAUGGAAUUGAGCAAUUUUUGCCUCCCAAGGCAUCAGAUACCCAGAAAAAUUGGGAUAUGCUACGGACCUAUUUGGCAUCAAUUGAUGAUGUCUUGAAGGAACUGAGACCCAUUGUGGACAAAAUUUCAAUCAAGAACACUGUGGUUGUCAUGGUCUGCAACCAUGGCCAGUCUGAGUUGCUUCUGAACUUUGCUUGUUCAGCAAAGUCCAAGAAUUUGGACAUCUCAAAUGUACUUGUCUUUGCAACAGAUCAAGAAACCAAAGAGCUUGCAGAAAGUGUUGGACUCUCUGCCUACUUUGAUGAACGAAAUUUUGCUGACGUUCCACUGGAAGCAGCUGGCCGUUAUGGUGAUAGGAAAUUUGUUGCAAUGAUGAUGGCUAAGGUCAUUUGUGUACAAGUUGUGGGCCUUCUUGGUGUUGACAUUCUGUUUCAGGAUGUGGAUAUUGUGUGGUUCAAAUCUCCACUUAGUUUCUUCCACAAUGAACAGUCACCAAUCUAUAGCUUUGACGCAUACUUUCAGGAUGAUGGGGCUCAUUCAGUGAGAUAUGCGCCAUGGAGCAGCAACAGUGGAUUCUACUAUCUUCGAUACAACGACAGAACACAAUACUUCCUAAACUCUUUGUUGAUGCAUGGAGACUUGAUUUUGAAAACUGAUUCACACCAACAAGCCUUAGUUGCUGUCCUUUCAGAACACGCCAAUCUGUAUGGCCUCCGAGUGAAAGUUCUGAGUCGUGAUGAAGACGAUUUCCCAGGAGGGUAUCAUUUUCAUCAAAAGACGGGCAAGUACAUGAAAUCAUAUUUCAAAGGCCACAAGAAGCCCUAUCUGAUGCACAUGAGUUGGACCAAGAACAAGGACAACAAACUUCUUUUUUUCAAACAACUUGGUGAAUGGUAUCUUAAUGAACAAUGCAUCAACAGAAAGCCGGAUGAAAUUCAUAUUCCCAAGGGCGAUGACUUUGUCAGUACCUGUUGUUCCAAUACGGCCCUGUUCUCAUGCCAUUAUCGAGACAAACCUAGCAUCAAACCAUGCAAGGAUAGCCCUCCGAUUGAUAAGGGUGGCAAAUCCUUUUGGUAG